AUGAAACUCUUUUAUAUCGGUAUCGUCCGCAAUCAGGACAAACCAGCCGUUGAACUGGUCAGCGAAAAGGAGCUAUCGGCCUAUGGCGAACUCAUGACUCUCUUUUCCAAGACGGUGGCAGAGCGGACCCAACCGGGACAACGGCUGGAUGUGGAGGAGCAUGAUCUCGUCUCGCAUGCCUUUGGCAGAAGCGAGGGCAUCUGCGGCAUCAUAAUCUCCGACCACCAAUAUCCCAGCUUGGUCGCACACCAGCUGCUUUCCAGAGUAGUGGACGAAUUCCUCACCAAGCAUCCCCAGUCUACCUGGGCUACUGGCGAGCCUACCUUGGCAUUUCCAGAAUUGAAGGAUUACCUGUCCAAGUAUCAGAAUCCGCAGCAAGCCGACAGCAUCUUGAAGAUCCAAAAGGAGUUGGAUGAGACCAAGAUCGUCCUUCACAAGACUAUUGAAAGCGUGCUGCAACGCGGGGAGAAGAUUGACGAUCUUGUCGCCAAAAGUGACGGCUUGAGUGCCCAGAGCAAGAUGUUCUACCAACAAGCAAAGAAACAAAACUCGUGCUGUGUGCUCAUGUAGUAGCACCAGUAUGUAAUCGGAUUUGUGGCUACAAUACAGUAAAUUGUCUCAAUGAAACACUCAACAAGAAUUAGCUAGAUUAAAUUUGAAGACACCUUGAUUUACCU